AAAAAUGGGUGAGUAAGUACCAAUAUUCUUCUCAAACUUAUCGCAGCCUUUCUGAACAGAACGGUAGCUAGAAUGCGGUGUGUUUUAGAGCGUGGACCAUCGCCGAAAUCAUCAUAUGACAGCUCCAUUUGUGUCGUGUAAUUGUAUAAUCCAAAGUUCUACUUCCUUAAUGGCAAAGAAACCCGAUAUAUAAGGCACCGCGUAAUCCAUAACGUGGUCUCUGAGCUAUCAACUAUGGAGGAGCCUCUGCUAUCAGUAGAACAAUCGGUUGAGAAGCAGAGUGAAAAAUGGAGCUCAUAUCAACAUAUGGGUCGAACCGGUUCUGCUUCAUUGGGUGGGACUGAGGUGAGUGUGGGUGAAAUACGAUCUGCUGCUGCUGCUGCUGCUGCUUCUUCUUCUGCAGGUUACUAUCCUCCUUCUCUUCAUGGAGCUUUGGUUGGAUCGCCCGAGCCUGAUCCUACAGUGCAAGCACCUGUUUAUCAAGGUGGAUAUGGAGGAGAUUAUGGUGGACCCAGAACCGAAUACAAGAGGGAAACCUUGGAUGAAGUAGAGAUACGAGAGUUACUCAUUGAUCAUGUAGGCCACCGUUGUUGUUGGGGUAGCCGUCCUGCUCGAUCAUGGAAGAUUCAUGCGGUGGAAGACUGUAACGUUUAUGUUGGAACUCUGGAUACUUUUAUAGAGGAAAGAGAGAUCAUAAAAGAGACGGAGACAUACCUUGGUGGCAGUUUUGAUGGACAGGAUAAAGGGCCUGAACUAAGUAUUUGGGAAUUGGAUCUAAGGUCUCAGUUUCCUGUUCUGUUUGCACCCUACAAAGAAGUACGUGAAAAGAUUCCUCAUUCUGAAAUUAUUGAGAAAUGCUCAGGUUGUGCUGGGCGGGGGGAUCUAGUCUGUGCCACAUGCAAUGCAGGCCAAGAACCUGGAUAUUAUAAAGAAAAUCAGAUGAACCAGUGUUCUACAUGUUAUGGAAGGGGUUUGAUUGCUCAUAAAGAUGGUUCUGACACCCUAUGUGUGAAAUGUAAUGGUAAAGGGAAGAUUCCUUGUGCGACUUGUGGAUCUCGUGGACUAAUUAAGUGUGAAACAUGCAAUGGAAGUGGAUCUCUUCUAUCACGCAGUGUUGCCAUUAUUAAAUGGAAGACACUUUCAACUCGAAAAGUAAAUGCAACAAGAGGAGCAGCAUCAGUACCAGAUGAGGUUUUCCACAGAGCCAAAGGAGUUCAGCUAUGCAACACUCAGGCUUACCAGUGCACUCCUGCGUUUUUCGCUGAUUCCUUCUUUCUCAACAAGUUCUCUUCUGAAGUCAUUGCUGAGAGAGCUCAAGUACCGACCACCGCAAGGAUCAUAUGUGAGAGACACACAAUCUCAGUUGUGCCGGUGACUCGCGUCACCAUGGCUCAUCGUCGGCAAUCCUUCAGUUUCUAUAUCAUAGGAUAUAGCAGGGAGGUGUAUUUAAAGGAUUAUUACCCCUCUAGAUAUUGCUGGGGCUUGUGUCCAUGUUUGGAGUGGUUGAAGUUAUAAUGUUAGAAAAAAAUUCCAUCCUGGCAGCAUUUGGCAGAUGUACAUGUGAGUUCUAUGUUGUUCGUUCUGGUUGAGAAUAACAGAAACAGAUUUCUGUGUUUAAGGGGUUUGUAGAUGAACUUUAUUGUAUGCAUGAUAUAUCCAUUGGCUUGUAUGGAUCACAGCUAUGUGGUUACAUUUAUGAAAUAAAGCUAGAUUCAAGUGGUACCAAUUACCAUACCACCUGUAAA